UGUAUAUAUACACACACCACUGCUCAUAUAACCGAUUAUAUUAUAUUGAAGAACAUACAUAUAUAAUUAUACUUGGAUCCAUAUAUAUUACAUCGAUCAUAAUAAUCGAAAAUGCAGUCGGCCAAAGAGACCGCCUCCAACGCCGCCGCCUCCGCCAAGGCCGGCAUGGAAAAGACUAAGGCCACCCUUCAGGAAAAGGCGGAGAAGAUGACAACUAGAGAUCCGAUGCAGAAAGAGAUUGCAACGGAGAGAAAAGAUGAACGGAAACGGGAAGCGGAGAUGGAGAAACAGACUGCCAAGGAGCAGAAUGCCGCGUCCAAGGCGGCUGCCGCUGCCGGAGGGACCCCGGCUUUCACCACCGGAGCUGGUAACCCGGAUGUUGCCGGCCGCGGCCAUGGAACGGGAACCACCUCCGUGCUCUAGCUAAUUAAUUAAUUAAAUAAAUCUGCUUCCAGUGGCGCCCAUCCAGCUUAUUUCUUACUUAUAUUACUCCUUCGUAUCAUCAUAUAUCAAUAAAUAGUCAUGUUUUAUUCCACCAUCCCUUUGAAGUAUUGUUUCUCAAAUUUUUUUCGUCCGUCCAAAAUCCUUACAUUUUUAUUUUAUUUUUUUAACUGUGAGAUUUUUAAUUUUUUUGACCUUAAUAUUUUACUAAUAAUAUCUAUUGUAAUAU